CACGUAGUAAACAUUAGUGGAGGUUGAAUCACGCUUUAUCGUCAAUCUGUUAAUGUAGAAAUGUUAUUGUAGAAAGUUCCAUUUUAGUUUGAUACCCGUUACCUGCGCAAAAUGAUGUUGUGAGUCACAUGUCAGUAGUCAAAAGCCAGUACCGUUCUAAUAACAGUAAAAAAUAUCUUUUAUAAUGGAAGACCAAGUUCCUUCGCUCUUUCUUGAGAAUAAUUUGCUGUCGGAAGAUGACUGGGGAGGAUCUCUGUCUCAUCUUAUUGAUUUGAAAGAUUUAACUUCAAAUGAUUCUUUGAACAAUUCUCCAGCAAGUGAUUUUUGUAUUGAAGAUGAAGGAAGAUAUCAAGAAUGCCAGCUUGACUUCUAUGGUGAAAAUGGGCUGGGACAAAAUGUUGACAGCGUUCUUUCAUCGGAGUCUUCACCAUUGUCUGAAAAUUGUGAUUUUGUUGAUGAACUUCUACAAGAUUUAUUACAAAAUCAAUCGUCUUCUCAACAAAAUAUUAUUACAGAUGAUAUUCUUCUCCAACAAGUCACUUCGGGUGAUGUAGGAACGAGGAGGUACUCAACUCAUACUUCCUCCUCAUCUGCCUACUCUUCUUGCUCUGACUCGGGCACUCCAUCACCAACUGAUCAGUUUUCUGAUCACGGUUCUUGCUCAUCAAUAGACUUUCAAGACCAUGAUGUUAUAAAUUCAACUGUCAUCGAAUCUGAUACUCUAUUGAUGAAAAAGACUCCCUUGCCUGUGAAGGCAAUUUCUAAACCAAAUUUAGUAAAUCCAAAAUUGAGUCAAAGUAAACGCAACUCAAAGACAGUGGAUUGUAUUAAAAAACUACAAGAAACUGACUUGGAUAAAGCUGUUCGGCUCGCAUGUGAGGAAACAAACAGACUUUUGCGUUUACAUAGGUCGGUAUCAAACGGUCAAACCGAAUCCCCUGUCUCUUCGCCUCUUAAUAACGGUGGAAAUGGGGUCAAAACAACAGAGAACAAACCUGAAAAUGAUCUUCUAAAAAGUUUAUGUGAAGAAACUAUUCUCGAUAAUUCAGUGUCUCAAAAGAAAAAUCGCAAAAUCAAAGUUACAAGUACAUUACCAGACAAUCAUCCGAAUUCUACUAAACCACAAAAAAGAAAAGCAAGCAGUCUUCAGAAUGCAAUUGACAGGUUAUAUUCUGCUAACAAGACAAUGUGCUUGAGUUCACAAUUGUCAAGUCAGCCAACGCCAUUCAACCGUUCAGCAUUGUUAAAUAAUCUAAAUGGUACUUCACAAUCACAUGUUACAAAGCCUGUGCAAUUGGAAUCCAUCAAUAUAGGAUCAAAGGAGCCGUGUUUUAUUGUAUCUCAACCUUCGCAACCACCAACAACACAGAGAAUUACUUUAGAAGGGGUCAACGGCCAACAAACUUACACACUCACCCCCACAACACCCCCAACAGCAGCCCCAAUUCAAGUCUACAUCAAGCAAGAAUCACCCACAUAUCAAUCAGCUCCAUUAGUCAACGGAUUUAUUCAAUCAUCUCCACAAAGUGUUUUAUCUAAUCAGAAGGUGUACGUUACAACAGGUUCAAAUUCUAAUGUUACGUCAGCUCCAUGCAUAUCCAUUAUUAAACCUGAACAAUUGUUAUGUAACAAUGGACAAACAAUCGUUAUACAGCAACCUCAACAACAAUCUUCUUUACUAAAACCAGUGAAUAUAUCAAACAUGAAACCAGGUACAGAACCAAUGCUGCUUUCUCAGUCUGAUUUAUCACGUCUGGCUGCUCAAGGUGUCAUUAAAUUCCCGACCAAAAAAGUUGAACGGAAUUUAAUGCCGGUUUCUGAUGAAAGUAAAGUGCAAUUGAAAAGGGAAUCAAAAUCAUUGUCACAAACAUCCAAAGCUAUCACUCCUACAGUAUGCGAUAUUCUUCCAUCAGAAGCAGCAGGAAUUAUUAACGGUACUUCAGUGUUUGUGCAUGGUACAAACAAUCAACCACAACGUGGAGAAUUAGAUGUAAAAGCACUAAAACGUCAUCAGCGAAUGAUUAAAAACAGAGCUUCUGCUUGUGAGUCAAGGCAAAGACGAAAAGAGUAUCUGAAAACAUUAGAAGACCAAGUUUCUGAAGUAGCAGACGAAAACAAAGGUCUCAGAGAAGAAAAUAACUGUCUUAAAGCAAGGCUUAGAGAAUUGGAAAUCGAGAACCAGAAUCUGAGGAAUAUCAUCAAUAUAACACAAUCAAAGCAAAAGAAAGCUGCUUGUUUAUUAAUGCUCAUGCUAUUUAUCGGAAUUAAUUUCUCUCCUAUUGGGUUAUUUGGAAAUUCUGACGAGACCAAUAAUGAUCCGUUUGUUGGAAGUUAUCCCAGUAAUGGUUUAGCUAUGCCAGUAUCUGGCCAAAGUUCCGUUCGAUCUGGAAGGCAUUUAUUAUCAAUAUUAAAUGAUAACGACGAUAGCGGUAACAAUAAUUCGGUGAAAAUGAGCAAAGCAACAUCAAAUAGCAAUAAGAUUAAAGCGGAUGAUAAAAGUUUAAUUCCCUCCAAAACGGAAAGUUAUUGGAUGGAUGAUCUUGUCCAAGAAUAUAAAAACAAACACCUUGAAAAUUUUCUUCGUCUUUUGAGUGAAACAACAUCAAACUCAGUGAAACGUAUGUUGAGAAGAAAACUGAAAGAAGAAUUAGGAAUCUCUAUUCCUUUACCUGUUCCACGACAUAGAAGGAUAUCAUACACUCCUCGUGUUGCGAAACAAAGAGCAGACAGAAACACCAUGGCGAAGUCGACCAUAAAAUCAACAAAUGAAAAGAACGACCUUACUUCAAGUAUAUCUCCCAUCAUGAGGGGUGAAAUGAAGAUGCCAACAUCUUUGCCUCAACCCUGCGAACAACCUCACGUUCAAGACCAAUCUCCUGCGCUCAAUGAGACCGAAACCAUCAGAGUCAAUGAUGAUUUAACUCAAUGGGCCAAACGAUAUUCUGUUGACAGACAAGAGAAAGCACAAAAGAAAGCCCAAACCAAAAAGCUGGUGGAGAAAAAAGUUAGAAAUACCAAAUCGCCAUCUUCGAGAUAUGACGACUUUGAAAAUUCCACUUCUACGAAUGAGAUUGCAAUUUAUACAAGACCAAAUCAAAAAUUUGAUGAUUUUUUUGAAGCCAUCAGCAGGAGAAAUGACACUUUCUAUGUUGUCUCGUUAAAUCGGGACCAUUUAUUAUUGCCGGCAUCUGUUCAAAAUACUUCAUCAAGAAUGAAGAUGGCUCUUGUGAUGCCUGCUGUCACCUCCAAAGGUGGUUCUGCACAUGAUCAUGUAUCAGAUGAAUAUGAAACAAUGAUUCAUAUUGAAUGUGAGGUUCUAAACACAAGGAUGUUCGACUUGAAACGGAAAGAUGUUCCCGAUUAUCUGAAUAUUAACCCUAACAUAAAGACUAUAGACAAUGCAGCGAAUGAUACAUUAUCAAGCGAUAAGGAAGGUCCCACAACAAAGAAAAGAAAUAUAAAAAGGAAUUCGAAAAAAAUUUGGAAAAAGUCAACUUCUACAAAGAAACAACGAAAAAUUAAAGAGAAAGAAAAAACUGAAGAACAGAAAAAUCAAGAAGAAGAUGCUUUUGUUUCUGAUGUCACGGACCACGAUCGUUUCUAUGAAAUUCCCCCCACAUAACAAAUGAAUUAUUCAAAUAUCACUUUUCAAGGAUAAACAUGAAAUAAAGAAUGAUAAUGAAGCACGAAUGACUUGUAGUACAGAAA